UCGCUUUCCUUACACGCACACGAACACAAUAGAAGAUCAACUUCCGGACAGGAGUUUUCAAACAACAGUAGCUAGCCAGCUAGCCGUUACAUAUUUUUGCUCAGGGAAACAGCAAACUCUGCUGAAUUUCGGCUAGCGGGCUAGCUUGUCGUUAAUCGAGCCAAUGAUGUCCGCAAACUCCAAGAGGAGGAGAGCGACCUCACCUUCCAGCAGCAUCAGUGGAGGCGGCGACCUCGAUGAUGCCUCCUCGACACCUGGAAGUGGCAGGAAAAGAAGGAGAAUCUCUAAUGUUCCUCCCGUAGAUACGAUUGCUGUUUGCCAUGAGCUGUUCAACGCUGUAAGGGACCACAAGGAUGAGCAAGGACGGCAACCAAGUGAACAUUUCCUAAGGGUACCAAAGAGAAGGAAUCUGCCUGACUAUUAUGAAGUGGUGUCUCAGCCAAUUGACAUGUCAAAGAUCCAGUAUAAACUGAAGUCAGAAGAUUACAGCGAUGUGGAGCAGCUUACUUCAGACUUCCAGCUCAUGUUCAACAACACCAAAUCUUUCUACAAGAGUGACAGCGAGGAGUACCAAGCUGCAUGUAAACUUUGGGAGGUGUAUUUGCAAACAAGAACUGAGUUUGUUCAACCCGGCGAUGGAGAUGACGAUGAUGAAGAUGGUGACGACAUGAUGGAUAAUCCAGGGAUGUCAACUGAGGAUGAGACCUCAUCUGGAAAUUUGAAGGAGGUGUUUGAGCAGCUCUUGGAGGCUGUGGUGUCCCACGCUGAUCCCUCAGGGCGUCUGGUCAGUGAACUGUUCCAGAAAUUGCCUUCCAAAGUGCAUUACCCAGACUACUAUGCCAUAAUAAAGGAGCCAAUAGAUCUGAGGGCAAUUGCUCAGAGAAUACAGAUUGGAUACUACAAAAGUGUCAAUGCUAUGGCGAAGGAUGUCGACCUGAUGGCCAAAAAUGCCAAAACAUACAACGAACCAGGAUCUCAGGUUUUUAAGGAUGCUAACACCAUAAAGAAAGUCUUCAUUCAGAGGAAGACUGAACUUGAACAUGCUGAACCAACAAAGUCUAGUCUUCGCAUCAGGAAUCGCAGAUCUGGUCAGGGGGAUCGACUCUCUGGCGUCAGCGUGGCUCUUCAAUAUGGCUCAGAGAGUGAGGACGACCCCGUGUUAUCUGGCUCUGUGUGCUAUGACGAGGGGGAGUCUGAAGCUGAGAGUCAGAGCUCCAGUAUGGAGAUGAGUAACCCGAUCUUCCAGCUGUAUGAAGCUGUGCGGGGGGCCAGGAACAACCAGGGUCAGGUCUUCUCUGAACCUUUCCAGCAGCUACCAUCACGCAGAGAAUACCCUGACUAUUAUCAGCAGAUCAAACAGCCUCUUGCUCUGCAGCAGAUCAGGGCCAAGAUGAAGAAUGGCGAGUAUGAAAGUGUGGAACAGAUGGAUUCAGACCUUCAUUUGAUGUUUGAGAAUGCAAAGCGCUACAACAUGCCUAACUCAAGUAUUUACAAACGGGCCUUUAGGCUUCAGCAGAUCAUGCAGGCAAAAAAGAGGGAGCUUCUGAGGAGGGAUGAUGAGGAUGGAGACAGCAUUCUGUCAUCUGAUGCAGGGAGCAUUAAGAGGAAAAGCCACAAGAAAAAUGUGAAAAAGAACAGAAUGAAGGCACUAUACGCUGCAGUGAUUGAGGCUAAAGAGGCAAACACCAGUCGACGUCUGUGUGAGCUGUUCAUGGUCAAACCGUCUAAAAAGGACUACCCGGACUACUACAAAGUCAUCCUUGAACCAAUGGACAUGAAGACCAUCGAGCACAACGUUCGAAAUGAGCGCUACACCACAGAGGAGGCCCUGAUGGACGACAUGAAGUUGAUGUUCCGCAACGCCAGGCAUUACAAUGAGGAGGGAUCUCAGGUUUAUAAUGACGCCGAUGUUCUGGAGAAGAUACUGAAGGAGAAGCGCAAGGAGCUUGGAGUUCCCCCUGAGGAGGAGGAUGUGGGAUCUCCCAAACUGAAACUGAGAAAGAGUGGAGUUUCUCCAAAGAAGUCUAAAUACCUCACCCCUCUCCAGCAGAGGCUGAACGAGCUCUAUGAUGCUGUGCGAAACUUCACAGACCGCAGAGGUCGCCGUCUCAGCACAAUCUUCCUCCGCCUGCCGUCUCGUGCCGAGCUGCCCGACUACUAUGCUACCAUCAAGAAACCCAUCGAUAUGGAGCGCAUCCGAAGCCAUAUGGCAGCCAACCGCUUCCAAGACGUGGAAGCCCUGGUGGAGGACUUUUCCCUCAUGUUCAACAACGCCUGCAUGUACAACGAGCCCGAGUCUCUGAUCUACAGGGACGCUCUCGUGCUGCACCGCGUGCUUCUGGAGACACGGAAGCAGCAGGAGGGAGGAGAGGACUCUGGGGCCUCCGCUGUUGGACCUCUGGUACGAGAGCUGAUCAGGAACCUGUUUGUGUCUGUGCUGGGCCACCAGGAUGAAGAGGGAAGAUGCUACAGUGACUCGCUGGCUGAGAUUCCUGCUGUGGAUCCAGCUGCUCCUGAGAAACCUCCUCUUAACUUUGAUGUCAUCAGGAUAAACGUGGACCGUGGCCGUUACAGGAGACUGGAUGUCUUCCAGGAGCACAUGUUCGAGGUUCUGGAGAAGGCACGGAGGCUACACAGGACUGACUCUGAAAUAUUCGAGGAUGCUGUGGAGCUUCAACAGUUUUUCAUCAAGAUCAGGGAUGAGCUGUGCAAGAAUGGAGAGAUUCUGCUCUCCGUUGCACUCAACUACACGGUAAAACACCUGCAUAGCGACGUGGACCAGGAGAAAAGGGAGAAAAUCCCAAAGGAGAUUGAGGAGGACAGGAAGAAAGAAGAGGAGGAGGAAGGGGCCAAAGAGGGCGAGACAGCAGCAGACAAGCCAGGAGAAUCAUGGCAGCCAGAGUCUGAGUCGGAGCGUGUGUACAGUCAGAACUGCAGCUUUGAGAACCAUACCUACCAUGUCGGGGAGUUUGUCUAUGUGGAGCCAUCAGAGCCGAACCUGAAGCCACACAUUGUUUGUAUUGAGCGUCUGUGGGAGGAUGAAGCAGGUGGGAAGUGGCUCUAUGGCUGCUGGUUCUACAGACCAAGUGAAACCUUCCAUCUGGCAACACGAAAGUUCCUGGAAAAGGAAGUCUUCAAGAGCGACUACUACAACAAAGUCUCCAUCAGUAAAGUUCUGGGCAAAUGUAUGGUGCUGUUUGUGAAGGAUUACUUCAAAAUGCAGCCUGAGGGCCACAGAGCUGAGGACGUGUACAUCUGUGAAUCCCGCUAUACCGCCAGGAGCAAGUCUUUCAAAAAGAUCAAGAUUUGGGCAUUGCCUGCAAGCUCAGUGAAGCUGGUCCCUCGGGAUGUGCCCUUGCCUGUUGUCCGUGUUGCUUCCAUGUUCGCCAAGCCUGACUUGGACAAAAUGACAAUUUCGUACACAGAGGGUGGCAGUUUUGUGGACAAGGAGAGAGAGGAUGUCCCUGUGGAAAUGAGUGGAGCUGAGCCCGACUGUCAGCACUACGAACAGUUACGCGUCAACAACAAUUGGGUCAAAGUCGGAGACUGUGUUUACAUCCAGUCACAUGGUCUGUCCAAACCCAGGGUUGCCAGGAUCGAGAAGCUGUGGGUGCAGAAUGGAACUACUUUUUUCUUUGGACCCAUCUUCAUUCAUCCCGAGGAAACGGAGCACGAGCCCACCAAGAUGUUCUACAAGAGAGAAGUGUUUCUGAGCCAUCUGGAGGAGACUUUGCCCAUGACUUGUGUCAUAGGCAAAUGUAUGGUGUCCUCCUUUAAGGACUUCCUGUCAUGCAGACCCACUGAGGUUUCAGAAGAUGACAUCCUGCUGUGCGAGAGCCGCUACAUCGAUACUGAGAAGCAGAUGAAGAAGUUCAAGGGUCUGAAACGCUUCUCUUACUCCUCCAAAGUAGUGGAGGAUGAAAUCUACUAUUUCAGAAAAUUGAUAGUUCCACAGAAGGAAGCAUCGCCCUUCUUGAAUAAGAAGAUCGAUGAGCUUGAGUUAAAAUUGGCAGAUCUGGAGGAUGCCGAGGAUGAUAUGGAUGACAUGGAUGAUGAUGAGGAGGCUCCAGCAACGCCCUCUAUGCCUCAGAUGCAAACCCCACACACAAGUGAUAUGGAAGUGAUGCCAUACACACCUUCCCAGUCUACUCCCAAGGUGAAAGGCUUAUCAAAGAAAGAAGGGGCCAAGAGGAAGAUGAACAUGAGUGGCUAUAUCUUGUUCAGCAGUGAAAUGCGAGCGGUCAUCAAAGCUCGACAUCCAGACUACUCCUUUGGGGAGCUGAGUCGACUUGUGGGCACAGAGUGGAGGAACCUCGAGGGUUCCAAGAAAGCAGAGUAUGAAGAGCGUGCAGCCAAAAUAGUGGAACAACAGGAUCGAGAUAGACCAACCCAGAAGCAAGCAUCCCCUAGAGCAGGUACCCCCAUAGGGGCACUGAUGGGGGUGGUGCCUUCGCCCAGCACUAUGGGAAUGAUAAACCAGACCAUGACACCUGUGUCAGGCAUGAUGGGAGCUUACGGCCCACCUUACAUGCCCAUGCAGGGCCCCCAUGAGGGCUUGUUGAGCGUGGCCCCAAUGUCACCUCACCUUGCAGGGGGGCUCCACCUUCCUCCUCACCAUCUCCAGCAAGGUAUGCCAGGUUACCCUGGCAUGCCUCAUCAGGGUAUGAUGGGUCCUGGGAUGAAUGGCAUGGCAGGAAGUCCUUCACAAGGAAACUAUAUGCAACAGCCUGGGAUGUACAGCCCAGGUCCACAUGCUCCUCCACCGUAUCCAGGACAGGGCCAGCCCUCACACUUGCAGCCCACCACCCCCAUGUUUGUGGCCCCACCACCAAAGACCCAGAGGGUCCUCCACUCCGAGGCCUACCUGAAGUACAUUGAGGGCUUGAAUUCAGAGUCCAGCACUGUCAGCAAGUGGGACCAAACCCUCAGAGCUCAAAGGCGUGAUGCUCACCUGACCAAAGAGCAGGAGAGCCGGCUGCCAGCUCAUUGGUUGAAAAGCAAAGGAGCCCACACCACAAUGGCUGAUGCACUGUGGCGUCUGCGUGACCUGAUGCUGAGAGACUCUCUGAACAUCUGUCAGGCGCACAAUAUGUAACUUAUUACAAGGACAUUGACCACAAUAACCAGCUCACUCACUGCUCUUAUCCUCAAGCUACAGAGUUUUAGGAAGGAUUAUAGACAAUAGAAGCAAUAUUUUAUAGUGAAUCAUGAUCAAUUUUAUAUUUAUUAGCUUGAAAAAAUGAGCUUAAUAGUUAUCUGUGUGUGCAUUUCAUUUUUUUAUGGACUGGAUUAAUUAUGCUACAAAAACUGUGAUUUCUGGCUUAUUAAUGCUACAAAAAUAAACUUUUCGAACUCCA